CAGGGGCUUCUUGUCCAAGUUCCCCGUAUUACAGUCUUUGCGUAUUUCUUCGAAGCCCGCAAGUGUCAGGGGGCGCCUCCUUGGCAUAGCUGAGACCCAUUAGUCACUGAAUUACAGACACUAUAGUUGACGGACCACUUGCACCAUAAUUUCCUGGAUUUGAUUUGAUUAACCUCUCAAUUACACAAUAAACUAUCGAUUAUUUUGACGACAAAUUAUUAUUAGAGUUAGAAAGAAAUGAAGACUUCAGUGUUAGGACAACAUUUCGGUUUGACUCCAUCUGUGGAGGACAUCGUUAGAGACACCAUCAUUGAGGACAACAGCGAAGAGGCCUUCUAUGUGGUGGACAUCCAAGACAUUCUGCGAAAGCAUAAGAAAUGGUUGCUUAAUAUGCCUCGAGUGCAGCCCUACUAUGCGAUCAAAUGCAAUCCAACCCCUAUUGUACUCGAACUCCUAUCCUCUCUGGGAGUGGGCUUUGAUUGCGCUUCAAAGAACGAGAUCGAUGCAGUGAUGAAUAUUGGCGUCACUCCAAACCGUAUCAUUUAUGCCAAUCCAUGCAAAACCAAAUCAUUCAUAAAACACGCGGCAGACGUUGGCGUCGAUGUAAUGACCUUUGAUAACGAGCUCGAGCUCUUAAAAGUGAGACAAUUUCAUCCAAACGCCAAAAUGGUGUUACGAAUCAAAGUAGACGACAGUCACGCCGUGUGCCGAUUGGGCCUCAAGUUCGGCGCCGAUAUCGAAAAAGUGCCGCAAUUGCUUCAGACGGCCAAAAAUAUUGGCGUCAAUAUCAUUGGCUGCAGUUUCCACGUCGGCAGCGGCUGCGAGAGCGCCGACGCCUACACCGAAGCCAUCGCUAAUGCAAAAUAUGUGUUUGAUUUGGGCCGACAACUGGGCUUCAAAAUGACUUUCCUCGACAUCGGAGGCGGAUUUCCCGGCACUUCAGUGACCAAAGUUAGGUUCGAAGAUACGGCUGAAGCCGUCACAAAAGCACUCGACAUCCAUUUCCCUGCUGUCGAUGAGUUGGGAAAUGAGUCCAAUGUGACAAUCAUUGCAGAACCCGGACGUUAUUACGUGGCCUCUGCUUUCACAUUAGCCACUAAUAUAAUCGCCAAAAGAAGUGUUCCGAUGGAAGAUCAGACAGCAAUGAUGUAUUACUUGAAUGACGGCGUUUACGGCUCAUUCAAUUGUACUAUAUUUGAUCACUGGAUUGUCGAUCCGAUUCCCUUCCCGAUCGAUGGGUCGAUGGAUGAGCGCCAAACACAUUUGACCACACUUUGGGGCCCGACAUGCGAUAGCAUGGAUUGCAUCAAACGAGAUGUAGUGAUGCCAGAGAUGCAUAUCGGAGAGUGGGUUCUGUUCAAAGAGAUGGGCGCCUACACUAUCUGCGCGGGCUCUGAGUUCAAUGGGUUCAAAAUGCCAGCCCUAUUGUAUUACGUGCCCGCAUAUACCCUACAAAUGCUGCAGCAUUUGCCAAAUUGGGGCCGCAUUUCAGCCAUUCUCGACAUUCACGACAACGACGGCGACUCCACUGCUAUGGAUGUCUAUGAUGUGGACCACAGUCUCGAACUCAUAUCCGUUCACUAAUUUCUCUAUUUUUAUAAUGCAUUCCAUUUUAAUCUUUUAACGACUUUUCUGUUCAAUUUAUUUCUUUCUUUUUAUUGCCAAUGAGUUUAGCAAAGAUUUUUUGCUGAAUUUUAAAUGAAUUUAACUUUAAUUUUAAUAUUUAUUUACUUUUUUGGAAACUAAUAGUUAGCUUAAGAUUUAUAUUAUUAAUAUUCAGUUUAUUUUAUCAAUAAUCAAUCCGGGAAUUAAUGGUUUUGUAUAUUAUGUGUAAUUAUGGGAAUCGAUUAGCUUU